AUGUGGCGCCGCCUGUCCCAGGGUUACGUUAUUACGUAUCGCGCGCCUACGAGCUCGGCCGAGGAAUCGGCAUCGGGGUUUCGCGCGGCCAACUUUUCACGCGAACACCGAACAACAAUGGACGCGAUUGAAGAGGACGCGGCAGCAGCCGAAGCGACCGCAGCUGCGAGUCGGGAGCGCGACCUCCGGCGCCUGGCGCGGGCGGGCGCCCUCGGCGAGAUCCAGGAGCUGAUAGGACAGCGAGUCAAUGUCGAUGCGGCUGACUCGAAAGGCACCACCGCCCUCAUGAAUUGCGCCGAGGCCGAGGGGCAGAGCGGCGUCGCUGUGCUGCUGGGUGCCGGCGCCGACCUCUCAAUCCAGAGCGAGAUGGGGCAGACGGCGCUCAUGUGGGCCGCACGGCACGGCAAGGCUUCGCUCGUCGAGACGUUGCUGGUGGCCCAUGCCGACCCGCAUGUCUAUUGCCACAAGGGCCGCUUCCGCGCCAUCGACUAUGCGCGCUUCCUUGGGCACGCAGCGGUGCUCGAGGCGUUCAACGAGCCCGACUGGGUCGGCUGGCUGCCCCCGCCUCUGCGCGCUACGGCCGUCCACGCCGUCCGGAUGGUGCCGGUUGGCAGUCGGAUCUGGGGCAACCCGAUGCUCUUGUCCGCGCUCGUUGUCGCCGCCCUCCGCCUCGGCCUGCAUUGGGCCUUUGGCUUGCUCAGCGAGAGAGCGACGGCCAGCUGA